UGGGUGGUGUCUUCUUAGCUGCUGUCCUACUGUGUGUGGCCCGUCGUCGCAGCCACCAGGCAGAAGCGGAAAUGGAUCUCAGGACCCUUCCUGGCCUUUCUGGGCGCGCCCCAGAUGGGGAAACGGGGCAGAGCGUGUUCAGCCAAAGAGGACGAGAGUCCAGGGUAGCUACCGAGUCAGGCGUUAGGAUGCCUGGGUUAUUAUUCCGGGCCAGAGUGCUGUAGCCUGAUGCUUCGGGCUGGGUUUCUGGAAGCAGAGACGUGGCUUCCAGUCCCGUUUCUGGCGCUUCCUGGCUGUGUGACCUCUUCGGAGCUUCAGGGGGUUUUACUUGUAGAGAUUACACUACCCCUAUUAUUACCAAAAUAAGAACAGAGGGAGAGCAAAUGUGUCUAGCCAGGUGCUCCGGAAUUGGAGACCAAUAUUAUUAUUUCAGAAAGAAGCAGGCAGGGCGCCUGGAUGGCUCAGUGGGUUAAAGCCUCUGCCUUCAGGUCAGGUCAUGAUCCCAGGGUCCUGGGAUCGAGCGCCACAUCGGGCUCUCUGCUCAGUGGCGAGCCUGCCUCCCCCCCCCCCCUCUCACUCUGCCUGCCUCUCUGCCUACUUGUGAUCUCUCUCUGUCAAAUAAAUAAAUAAAACCUUAAGGAAAGAAAGAAAAAAAAAAAGGCAGCAGCAGCAGCAGGCAGGGUGCCUGGGUGGGUCAGUGGGUUAAGCAUCAGCCUUCUGCCCAGGUCAUGAUCCCAGAUUCCCUAGGCAACAGCUCUCCAUCGUGCUCCUGCUCAGCGUGGCGUCUGCUUGUUCCUCUGCUCCCCACCCUGUUCCUGCUCUCUCACUCUCUCUCUCUCAGAUACAAUCUGAAGAAGAAGAAAAAAGAGGAGGGGGAUGGGGAAGGAAGGAAGGAGACAGUACAAGAUUGGGGCUAUGCAUUGACCUGGAAGGGCUCCAUCUCCUAGGUAGACCGUGGGCGGACAGCACUUGGCACCUCUUGCUGUCUUAUCUUGAACAGCUUUUGCUUUUAGAACUGAGAACCCCAAAGGGCACUUCCUGCUUCUGAAGAGCGCCUUUCUGUCUGUGAGAGCGUUUUUUUUUACCCUGGAGGUGGUGGACAAGAUUCCUUAACCAAAACUCUACUUAGGCUCCUCACAACUCUUCUCAGCAGGGCCUUGACUUUGGGACUUCUGUGUUCAUUUCUGCAUUAUCCAGUUUUAGCAAAAAUCCAGUUGAGUCAGUUCAGCCAGGACCCCCACCCUUGAUAUCUGAUUGGAUUCCUCACCCUCCAGCAUCCCCCAGGUGAUGUCUGAUCAUGUUGGCCUGCCUUCAGCAAGAAUUCUAGUAGGUUGGUUUAGCCACAGUCUCUCUGAUGUUUCCUCUUAUUUUCAUCCUCCCCCACCUUGGCUAUAAAAUGCUGCCUCCCUCACUACACACCCUUCGCAGUGAUUCCUGCACCUUUCUCUGGUCCUGGAUAAAGCCUUCCGUACCAUUGUUUGCCAAGUGGCAUGAAUAACUUCCCUGAACAGUGGUUGAGAAAGAAGUGUAUUUCUCUCACUCUGUGUGUGUGUGUGUUGCCAUCUCUCUCUCUCUCACAGGCUGGCUCUCUGCAUGGUUGCCUUCAGCCCUGAGUAUGGCUGAAAAGAUUUUUGAGGGAAGCUGGGCAUUUUACCUCUCUUUCUCUUCCCUUCGCUUUGGCCUCCUGCCCUUUUGGAGAAAACCAUUGAAGAAAGUAUUGAAGCUAAGGACAUUCUGGCUUCUGUUAGUGAGGGGGAUGAACCACCAGGUGAACUACUGGCCUUUUUUUUUCUCCCCAAGAUUGAUUGAUUUUUAGAGAGCAAGAGCGGGGGAGGGAUAGAGGGACAGAAUCUAAAGUGGACCCUGCUGAGCACAGAGCCUGAUGUGGGGCUUGAUCCAAAAUCCAGAGCCACCCAGGAGCCCAUGAACUAAUGGUCUUUCUGUAUAAAUAUUCUCCACUUAAACAACAGCGUCCCUCUCUCCACUCCUGCUUCAUGUCUCCUUUUUUUUUUUUUUUUUUAAGGCUUUUUUUAUUUAUUUGAGAGAGAGAGACCGAGUAAGAGAGAGCAUGAGAGUGGGGAAGCAGACUCCCCAUGGAGUCUGGGAGUCCGAUUCAGGACUCGAUUCCAGGACUCCGGGAUCAUGAGCUGAGCUCAAGGCAGUUGCCCAACCAUCUGAGCCACCCCGGCGCCCUACAUGUUUCUUUAUAACACUGUCACUGCCUGUGUCAUUCCCUUUGUUUGUGUGUGCCAGAAACAGCCCAGAAACCUGUUGAUGUGUUUUGUUUAUCUCACACAGGUCUUAAAACCAGUUUGAGUCUACAUUCAAAAUUAGGAGAUUUCCCCUGAACAUCUAGAUAUCAGACUUCAGUUAGACGGACUGGCAGCACGGGGGCUCUGUCCCCGGCUACUUCCCACAUCCCUGACACUGGCUUCCAGCAGGAGCUGCCAUUGUCCUGGCACUGCUGUGUCUCUUGUAGUGGGGAUAGACUCUCCACAUUCAUGUCACUCUCCUACCUGGCAGUGCCAAAGACCAAGAUGGCAAGUGUCUUUGUGCAUAGCAUGAAUAUCCCAGAAUGUUGGGUGUGCCAGCUGUUUGUGUUGAACGGCCUGUCUUGCUUCCUUUCCUGCCCCUGGUCUGGAGUGGGUGGUGGUCUGAAGACAGAGGAGAAUCAUCAGUCAUUCCAAGGACUGGCAGUUUGGGGGGGUCUAGUUGUAUUAUCUGGACUGAAUUAUGUCGUAUGUUGAAGCCCUAACCCUCAAUGUAACUAUAUUUGGAGAGAGGAUUUGUAAGCGGUCAUUAGGUAAAAUGAGAUGAUAACAGGUGGGGCCCUAACCUGAUAGGACUGUGACCUUAGUAAGGGGGAUCAUUCUCUGUCGGGGGAGGAUACAGUGAGAAGGUAACAGUCCGCACGCUGGAAGAGAGCUCUCAUGAGGGACUGAAUCCACCGACACCGUGAUCUUGGACUUCUAGCCUUCAGAACUGUAAGAAAUCAAUGUGUGUGGUCUAAGGCUCCCGGCCUCCGUGAUAUAUGCUGCUGUGGCAGCCAGAGCAGACGAAGACCCGGUGUUUCCCAAGAGGAACGUGUGAAUCUUCACCCCCAUUCUGAGUGAUGCCUGGGCUGCCCACAAACCGGAGUUCAGCGGAUGUCAUCCAGAUGAUUAAUAAGAGCAAGUGUGGCUGAGCCGAUGUCCCAGAUGUGAUGACAGAACUAUGUCUUCACUCUGACAAGAUAUUCCCCUCUGUCUUCAGAGAACGGUCCGUACGUGCUGCAAACUUCUAGCCCUGCAAACCUCUUUUCCAGUGUCUGGCCUGAGGUACCGGGAAGCACAAAUUUGAACCCUGAGGCACUAGAAAGCAAAACCCACCCCAGACAAUGGCCACCACACCUGGUCUCCAGCCUCCACCGCCCCUGGACCAAGAUGAGAUCUUGAUCGUGAAGGUGGAGGAGGAUUUCUGCUGGGAAGAGGAGCCCUCCCUGGAGCCAGAAGACCCCAGCCCUGAGACCUUCCGCCAGCUCUUCCGGCUCUUUUGUUACCAGGAGGUGGCGGGGCCACGGGAGGCCCUGAGCCGCCUCUGGGAGCUCUGCUGCCGCUGGCUGCGGCCAGAGCUGCGCACCAAGGAGCAGAUCCUGGAGCUGCUGGUGCUGGAGCAGUUCCUGAUGGUGCUGCCAGGGGAGAUCCAGGCCCGGGUGCGGGAGCAGCAGCCGGAGAGUGGUGAGGAGGCCGUGGUCCUCGUGGAAGGGCUGCAGCGGGAGCCCAGGAAACAGAGGCAGCGGGGCCUGGAGGUGCUCCCUGAUGAUGUAGCGCCCCAUGGGGCAGGAGAACAGUCCUUGAAACACCAAGUGGAGGCCAGGCCAGAGGAGCUGUCUCCGGAGGAAGGGUCUGGAUGCUCCAGCCAGCAGCCCCCAUCCCAGCGGAGCCGCAGACCAAAGAGGGGCCCCCAGCUCUUGCCAAAGAGGGGCCCAGUGGCCUCCCAGCAUCAGGAGACAGCAGCUUCGGCCACAUCCUUCGUUCCGUCAUGGUCCCAGCAGGUGCCAGUGACCUUGGAGGACAUGGCAGCGUACCUGUCCCAGGAGGAGUGGGAGAGCCCGGACCCAGCUCAGCAGGACUGUAGCUGGGACGCACUGCCGGAACACAGGGGGCUUGGGCUGCAACUUGAUGGAGAGGACGCCAGGGAGGACGUGUCGAUGAGAAGGGAGCGGGACCGAGAGCCGGCCGGGGUCAUGACCAGACCUGAGCAGCCGCUGGAAAGAGCAGGACCCCGACGAGUCGAAAAGCCGUACAUGUGCCCUGAGUGUGGCAAAGGCUUUAGCAAAACGUCCCACUUGACCAAGCACCAGCGCACGCACACCGGGGAGCGGCCCUACAAGUGUCAGGUGUGCGGGAAGGGCUUCAGUGACCGCUCCAACUUCAGCACGCACCAGAGGGUCCACACGGGCGAGAAGCCGUAUGCAUGCGCUGAGUGCGGGAAGCGCUUCAGCCAGAGCUCCAGCCUGGUCAUCCACCGCAGGACGCACACCGGGGAGCGGCCUUACGCCUGUGCCGAGUGCGGGAAGCGCUUCAGCAACAGCUCCCACUUCAGCGCGCACCGGAGGACGCAUGCGGGCGAGAAGCCCUUCGUGUGCCCAGCCUGUGGCAGGGGCUUCCGCCGGGGCACGGACCUCCACAAACACCAGCGGACCCACAGCGAAGAGCAGCACCCACCGGGCCCACAGAGCCCCGCAGCGCGGCUCCAGGAGGCCCCCGGGCCGAAGCCUGGCCGCCACUCACUGAGCUACCCGCCUCGGGGGGCCCGGUCAGAAUUUCACGGUCAGAGUUCAUGAAGCUGCUGGAGUUACUCUCUUGGAACCAGAACCCUAACCUGAAGGCAUUUCGGACACACCUCAUUUGCUCCUGCUGGGGGCCCAGCUGAUGGCUGUGGGAUGUUUCAGGUGGCCAGGCUGAGGGAAGAAUCCGGGCACUGAGUGUGGCAGUGACGGCUGGACACGGAGCGGGUAGACCUGGGCCGUGGGGCCGCUGUCCAGAUGAGCACAGCCUGGGUGGCUUAGCACCCCAGGGAUGGAUUCUCACUGUUCAGGGGGCCGGAAGUCCGAUUCAAGGCAUAGGCAGGGCUGCUGCUUUCCGGACGCCCUGAUGGGAGUCACCAUCCCACGCCUCUCUUUUGGCUUCUGAUGUUGCCGGCGUCCGCAGUGUUCUCACCUUCCGGCCCCUUCGCUCCUGCCUGCCUCUCUGCUCUGGUGUCCUCUCUAAGGGCACAGUCCUUCGAUUUAGGGCCCCCAGUCCAGAAUGACCUCAUCUUAAUUACAUCUGCAAAGACCCUCUUUCCAAAUAAGGGCACAUCUGAGGUUGUGGGUGGAUGUGAAGCUGGGGACACUUUGUCAGCCCAUUUUGGGGAAGCCUCAACAGCUCCUGUUUCUUGCAGUGUUAACACACCCUAGCCUUUCCUGGCCUCUCACCUUCCCCUCCAGCCUUGCCACACUCAGUGUGUAGGCCAUGGAGGCUUUUCUGUGUCCUGUGUUAUCAGCGGGACCGUGGGGGGAGUUGGGGGUCACCUUCACAGAUCCACAGCUGUUCUAAAGGAUGAAUGCCUGGUGUGGGAACACUUCCCUGAUACCCCAUCUUCCAGCCUCCGCAGACUGUGAGGAAGCCUGUGGAUUUUACCUGUCUUCCCAUCUGUCCCCACGGCAGGAGUCCAUGGUUGUCUUUGUUCCAGCCCCAAGUGGCCAGGACAGAGGCAGCCUUGGCUGACCCACUGGGUCUUUCUGAGGCAGACAGGAAGCUGACGCUCCCAUAGAGGGUCCUUGUUCUAUUUCGUCACUGGAGUUGGGGCAGCUGCUGAAACCCCUUGGUUCUGGAACAUUCCAUGUAGGGAGUGUGGCAGUUUCCCAUGGUGGGGUUGCCUUGGGCCUUGUCUUGUGCUCCAUUCUGUUUGUUACCCAAUCACUGUAGGUAUUUUCCAUCUUUCAGUGUAACCCAGGUUCCAGGAUGUGUGAUUUGUUCUUGGUUCCUUUAAUAAACAAAGUCGGUCCCUCUG